GGCGCGGCGGCUCCGCCAGACCCGCUCCGGCCCCGCAGCUUCCCGGCGGGCAGCGGUGCUCGCCCUGGCCGGGCAUGCGGCCGCUGCUGCGGCGGCUUCUCCCCGCGCUGUGCUCGGCGGCGGCCCGAGCCCUGCUCGCCCGGCGGGCCGUGCCCAUGGCGCUGCGGCCGGCGGAGGGAGCGGCAUGGGCCGGGGCCGAUGUCCGGAGCGCGGCCGGCGCGGCCCCGGAGCCCGAUGGGCUGGAAAAUAUACAGCAGAAGAAAAUCUUUAAAGAGAAUAAGGAAAAAACACAACAGAGUGAAGAGCCAUGUGCUGCUGAUUCAGUAGAUUCUUUAAUGGCAGAAAUGCCAUUUGUGGACACAGAUAUUGAAGAUGAACAUGCUAUGCGUGCAACUUCUGAACUAAGUACUAAGAAGAAAAGAAAGCGGACUAUUGGAAGGGAAAUUGAAGAAAGCAUUGAGAGAAAGAAGAAAAAGAACAAACAGUAUCAGCCAAAUUAUUUCAUUUCUCUUCCAAUUACUAAUCCAAAGAUUACUGGCAGUAUUCAGGCUGUCCAAGAUGCAAUAAUACAAAAGGAUCAAAGGUUUUCCAAAGCAAUGGUUCGCUCUGGCUCAUUGCAUGUCACCAUGUUAGUGAUGCAUUUAUCCAGUGAAGAAGAAAUUGGCAUAGCAGUUGGUGCUCUAUCAGACAGCAAGGUUUUUGUAGAUGAUCUCCUGAAAGGAAAAAGAGUGGAUUUGUCUUUUCAAGGAAUUGAUCACUUCAGAAAUCAAGUUGGAUUUGUGAAUUUGGAAGAAAAUGAUCAUACAGCACUACUUAAGGAAAUAGCAGAGACUAUGAAAAAGAUAUUUCAAGAAAAGGGGAUCAUGACAGGAGAAGAAAGAGCUUUUAAACCACAUCUGACCUUCAUGAAGUUGUCAAAAUCAGCAGAGCUACGUAAGCAGGUGAAAAAAAUUGACUCUAGUCUGUAUGAAGAUUUCAAAAACCAUUAUUUUGGAGAUGAGAUCUUGCACCGCUUUGAUCUUUGCUCCAUGUUAAAAAAAAAGCAGCCAAAUGGUUACUACUACUGUGAGUCCUCCAUUGUUUUCGGAAAGAGCCAUGAAGCAGACUUAGUAAAGGAAGCUUUACGCAGAGAAACGCAGACCCUGUUACCCAGACUGAAUCAGAUAAAGGAGCUGUUAACGAGUCCUGAGAUCCGCACAAAAAUUAGCAAAGAACUCUUUGAAGACAGGCACAACUCUGACAGUAAAUGGAAAAGUUGUAUUGACUCUGAGUCUCCAAAUGCAUGACUGUAAAUUCCCAUUGUGGAAAAUCUCACCAGGUUGUUUGAAGACAAGAUAUUGUGGCAAGAAAUUUUUCAGUUGGUUUGUUUGGGUUUUUUUUAAGUGAAAAUGUGAAUGGGUAUAAAUGGCUCCUGAGGAAUCAUGCUGAAAUACUUGCACAGAAAGGUUAUAUUUCAUAAUAAUGAAGUAUAGCCGCUUCUCAACACUGCAUUGAAACCUGUUUGAGUGUGCAGGUAUAUGUCAUGACUCCAAAGUAGAAAAUACUGGUUUCAGAUAGAUGUGAGCAAACACUGUGCCCUUCCUUUAUCAUUGUAAAUAAUUCUUUUUUUUUCUCAUAUACUCCUUCCCUAACAAUGAUGUACAAGUACUAAAAAAUUGGUGGUUUUAAAUACUUCAAAAUGUAUAUUUGGGGAAAAAAUUCCUCUUUUAAUUAUCUGCCUUUUGUAUAUGUACUGGCAUUUUGGGUUAGCAUUGUAUGUUUUUUAUUGUUUUUUUAAACAGCACUUGAAUACUUGUAUAGAUGCUGACAUUUAGUUCCUGCUGAUGUUUACACUAAAGCAAGAAUGUUUUAAAUUUCAGUAUGAAAUUCAGGCUCCACUGAUCUCAAUGGCAUACUCUCAUUGGCUUUAAUGGAGUCAGGAUGCUGCAAUUAAGAUUUCUUGUGCAAAUAAUAAUAUUCCUUGGGAUAAUAUUUGCCUUUUUACUUUUGUAGAACAGUGGUUUUGUCUUUUGUUUUUGAUGUUCCUCCAUCUCUACCUUCUGCUGCCUGAGGUGGGGUGUCAGUUUGCUCUCAUUGUUCCCUCCACACACCUGCAAGAUUCACUGAGGAUUUGGAUGAUGGACAGCAAUGCAGGAGUAGGUCCAGUAUUUGCAAUUUUUAUAAGCAUUGUCAUAAAAGCUAUAUAAUAUGUUGUGAUUGGUAUCAGAAUUGUGCUGUUAGAACAGCUGUGUGCAUGUUCUUCAUUUGUCUCAAGCACUGUUCAUUUAUCUCACGUCAGAGCUUUUUUUUCCUCAUUUGAUAGAUAACAGUAUAUUCUGAAACCCAUCUUUUACAUGCCAUGUUCACAAUAAAAUAUUUUUCCUUUGCA